AUGACCACAAACAUUCCAAGUCGACGCAGCUUUCUGGUAUCUGGAGCCAAUCAAGGGCUUGGUAUGCACACCGUCCACCAAAUCGCAAUGACUCCGGAUGUUGUGGUGUUUAUGGGGUCGCGAAAACUGACUGCAGCCCAAGACGCUAUUGCGGGAUUUAGCUCUACUAUCCAUCCAUUGUCUUUGGUGGUCCCGGUGCAACUCGACAUCACUGACGCGAUUUCCAUCGCCAACGCAUCUGUGUUCGUCGCUACAUAUCUGAAGGAAAAUAACAUGGAAGGGUUGGACGUGUUGAUCAACAAUGCUGCAGUCGGACUCGAAACGACAGAUCUGAUGAAGGAGACAUUCGAUGUGAAUGUAUUUGGCACGGCAGCACUCACAAGCGCUAUUCGUCCUAUUAUGAACAAUGGCGGCGCAAUUUUAAACAUCUCCUCUCGCAUGGGGUCGAUGGAGCUGAUCGCAAAACUGCCCAUAGCGAUGGCGCCAGCCUAUAGCUCAAGCAAGAGCGCCGUGAACAAUUUGACGGUUGUUUGGGCUCGAGAGGAAGAGAAGAGGGGGUCUGGUAUCCGUGUGGUGUCGAUUUGUCCAGGAUUCAACGCAACGGCGAUCAAUAACUACGCUGGAACGAUGGCGCCGUCAGACGGGUGUAAAAUCAUUGUCCAGACAGCAUUAGAGAAGGAGGGCAGAACUGGAGUUUUCUUCAACAAAGAUGGAGAUAUUCCUUGGUAG